AUGAACUAAUUAAAAAAAGAUUUUAUAUUCUGUGAUAAUCAUACAGAGAAAUAGGCUUAAGUUAUGAAGUACGAUUAAAGCGGAGUCAUUUAGUUUUAAUGCUUGAAGUGUUCAUUCAACGAUUAAUCUCAAAGAUCAUUUUUAUACAUAGAAGAUUUACUAGAGGAGCAAAAUAAUGAUAUAAUUGAUAAUUGGCCACUCCUAAGUGAUUAGUCGCUAUUUAAAUAGGUCAAAGAAAUAAAAGAUAAAUAACAAUAGCAAAUUAUUCUGUCUAAUUUCAUUUUUUAAAUGGCACAACUUGAAAAAUAAGUGAUUGAAAGAUUUACAGAAUACAAAAAGGAUUUCAUAAAUAAAUUUGAACGCAUGAACGGAGAUUAAGUAAUAUCAAAGUGGAAUGAAAUUAGCUUAAUUACCUAACUCAAAUUAAAUAAAUAAAAGUUAGUCUAAUUCUGA